AGGUGUGUGCACAGGUGUGUGUUUGAGGUUGACUAGUUAACUGGUGGCCACCCUGCCGAGCGGACAGUAACCAGAACAGACAGCACAUUUUUUUACUAAAUCACCUUUACUUUUAUAUACAGUUUGUUGUAGAUGUUUCCAAAAUGAAUGCGACUGAAUUUCAGCUGCCUCUGACGGAGUAUGAUUUCGAGCGUCACUUUGAUGAGAGGUUUGCUAUUGAAUGGAUGCAGGGCAACUGGAAAAAGUCGUUUUUGUUUGGUGCUGUGUAUGUAGUGCUCGUGUUUGGUGGGCAGCACUUCAUGAAGGAAAGACAAAAGUUUGAUCUACGUAGGGUGUUACUGCUGUGGUCCCUCAGUUUGGCCAUCUUUAGUAUCAUUGGAGCGGUGAGAACUGGAUGCUUCAUGUUGUACAUGCUCAGAACCAGUGGUUUUAAACAGUCUGUUUGUGAUCAGAGCUUCUACUAUGGGCCGAUAAGCAAGUUUUGGGCUUGUGCUUUUGUGCUGAGCAAGGCCCCAGAGCUAGGGGACACCAUGUUCAUCGUCUUGCGCAAGCAGCGGCUGAUCUUCCUGCACUGGUAUCAUCACAUUACUGUGCUGGUGUACUCCUGGUAUUCCUACAAAGACCAGGUCGCUGGUGGUGGCUGGUUCAUGACCAUGAAUUACACCGUGCACGCGCUCAUGUACAGCUACUACGCGGCUCGAGCUGCUGGACUCUGUGUGCCGAAACCCUGUGCCAUCAUCAUCACUUCCUCCCAGAUUGCUCAGAUGGCCAUGGGACUGGCAGUAAGUGCGCUAGUGUACCAAUGGAUGCAGGAUGGGGAUUGCCCUUCUUACACAGAUAACAUAGUGUGGGCUUCACUCAUGUAUCUCAGCUAUCUGCUCCUCUUCUCUUCUUUCUUUUAUCAGUCUUACGUGAAGGGUUUAAAACCCACAAGCAUCAAAACUGAGUGAUAUGCAGCCCUGAGGUUUGAAUAUGAGAUUUUAUUUCUGAUGGUUUACCUUGGUAAAAUACAUAUUUAUUUCAUCUUUUAAAGCAAGGUGAACAAUGAAGAUGUGUGUGUAUAUAUUUUCAAACAACAGCCAGACUGUAAGCGCUAUAUGAAAAGAACAAUAGAUUAGGGCAGUUAUUUGUAUAUUAUUUUCUAGAUGGUAUUAGCUGAGCAAAGUGCAUCAAAUACAACUCUUUAUUUUGCUGUUGAGAAUUUAAAUUAUUUUGAAGAACCCCCCCCCCAUCCAUUCUGUACAUGCUCUUCUUGGGUGUGUUUUUAUUGCUGCAUACUAGUUCAGUGUUUCCACCUCAUGAUGUCACAGAAACUUGAAUUAUCCGUGCUGGCUGGUUGGACAGGUUCUCAGACAUUUAAAUUGGCCAUUUUUGGCUGGAAUUCUUUAGAAGGACGACACCCAUGUUCUCGCUCUCAUUCUGUUUCUAUCAUGAGUUCACUGCAGCUCUCAUUCACUGAAGUUACAUUAUAUAAAACCAGCUGAGGAACGAUCUAUAUUCUCUCAUUCACCUUUGAAUAACACAUGGGUAGAGUCAGAUUGAAAUGGUUAAUUCCUGGUUUUGUGGCUGUACUGGAUUGGUGCUUGAUAGAACACAACCUUUUCCUGUCCCUAUAUUGGUGCUACUUGAGUUGUUACUGGAGUCAUUAGUAAAAUGCACAGUUGUAUUUAUAUAUUUAUCUUGUAUAUCACACAGUCACAUUUGGGACAUAAUUAAUUUUUAUGGUUGUGGGGAUAUUUAUUUUUCCACUGAAAUUACUAUGAUAAGGUUUCCAUCUUGAUCUUUUAAAAAAAUGUUGUAUUAGCCUAUGUGAUAGUAGAGAACAAUCCUUUGAGAAUAUUCAGUGGAAUUAUGCGCUCUAAAUUGGUAUCAUCUGAAAUGUUGCUGCUACCAUCCAAGAUUUUUGUUGUUGUUGUCUGUCCUCUGGUCUCUCCUGUCUGUUCCUGUGAAAGACUGUGAAAGAUUUUGUCUACCUUUUGUGUAUUUCAGUUUAAAGGAUAUUUUGAUUAAGAGAUUUUAUGACUUUGUCUUAAAGUAUGUUGGAGAUGGAAGCCAAAUAAUUACUUUGUUGUAUUAACCGCAAAGUUGAAUGUAGUGGUUCUAGCCUACAUUACAAGGCAUAGUAUACAACUUCUGUAUUUUAAAAAAGAAGAAUGUAGUGUAAUGUAAUAAAGGAGCCGAAUGUAAAUAUUUAUCUCUUGUACAAGUUCUUAGCUGAUAUGAAGAAAUUAUGAUUGUGUAUUUAUUUUUGUUAUUAAAUAAAAGUGUGUGUGUGUCAUUCUGUU